AUGGCCGUCGACGUAUUUGCGGUUCCUGUCUUCCUCGUUGUCUUUCGAGAGACUCUCGAGACUGUCAUUAUUGUCUCUGUCCUGCUCGCUUUUCUGAAACAGACUCUUGAUGGCCCCAAUGGCGAUGUUAAAGUGUACAAGCAACUAAGACGCCAGGUUUGGCUUGGAACAGGUAUCGGCUUCCUCAUCUGCAUGGUUGUCGCCGCCGCUCUCAUCGGAGUCUUCUACACUGUUGGUAGCAACUCAUGGGAGAAACACGAGUAUUACUACGAGGGCGCCUUCUGCCUCUUUGCGUCUCUCAUCAUCUCCGUUAUGGGCGCUGCUCUGCUCCGCAUCGGCAAGAUGCAGUCCAAGUGGCGGCUUAAGCUGGCAAAGGCCCUCGAGUCGCCCAUCAAGGCUGGCUCUAAGGGUUGGUUCAAACAGUUUGCCGAGAAGUACGCCAUGUUCGUCUUGCCCUUCAUCACCGUCCUUCGAGAGGGUAUCGAGGCUGUCGUCUUCGUUGCUGGAGUUUCCUUCUCUGCCUCAGCCAAGUCGAUCCCUCUGCCUACUGUUGUCGGUCUCUUUGCUGGCUGCUGUGUUGGCUUUCUCUUGUAUAAGGGUGGCGCGAGUACUAGGCUUCAGUUCUUCCUUGUCAUCUCAACCUGUCUUCUCUACCUCGUCGGUGCCGGUCUCUUCUCUCGAUCUGUGUGGAGCUUCGAAAUGGCCAGGUGGAACGAGUAUAUUGGGGGUGAGGCCGACGAAUUUGGUAAUGGACCUGGUUCCUACGACAUUGACCAGAGUGUCUGGCACGUCAAUUGCUGCACCUCAACCGAUUCCAUCCAGAAUGGCUGGGGUAUCUUCAACGCUAUCCUGGGUUGGACAAACUCGGCCACCUAUGGCUCUGUUAUCUCGUAUAACCUCUACUGGAUCUGUAUCAUGACAGGCUUCAUCAUCAUGCGUUUCAAGGAGACGCAUGGCAGGUACCCCUUUGGAAAAGCAAAGGCCCCUGCCAAUGCUGUCAAUGAUACUGAGAGUCAGGCGACCACUGCUCCCAAGAACAUUGCUACCGAGAAGACCACCACCGCAGGAUCGGCAUAA